UUGCACCGAGCGCUCCAAUGAGCUCAGAGAGGGGGGGGAGGCGGAGGAGGAGGAAGGUGAGCUACCCCUCCAUGCCCCUCGCGCGCCUUCCUGUUGAAGGCCUUGGCGCGAGCGGAGGCACCUGGGAGGAGGCCUCGGCGGAGCUUGCGCAAGUUAUCCUCCCCUUUGGAGGAAAUCUGAUGCGAGCAUUCCUGGGCGAGGCCUUGGAUAGCUCUGUCCAUUCCGAUGGCCCCACAGCUGGUGCAUGCCCAUCCGUCAGCGUGCUCAAAAAACUGGCACGUGUGUGAGCUGUUCACCUCUUGGUUACCGAUGCGAAUGGGGCCAAUGGUGUCAAUCACGACGGCCUCCCGCACCCCCUUGAACGGUCGCCACCCAGAAUGCUGGGCUUGCCCCGUGGCGGGACAUGCCGCAUGCAGCCAGAUGAAACAGGCUUCGAGCAAACUGAAGAAGGAGGAGGAGGGCACGAGUGGGAAGGAGGAGGAAGGAGGAUGGCGAGGACGGGCCAGCAGGAACGAACGACAAAUAUGACGCCUCGGACGGCAGGGGGGGGCAGAUCCCCGUAAAGAGCAGUUCAUGAUAUAAGCGAAUACAUAGAAAGUCUUGUCGCUGGCGUUUGCUUUGAACGCCUACCUUUGAAAAGUCUGGCCAUGCCUUGACUAACGCCUCUGCAGCAGCUGCGCCGCAGCUGCGCCGCAGCUGCGCCGGCGCCAAAUCAAUGGAUUGUCUGCUGCCAAUCUGCGAAACGCAGGCCAGCAAGCGCGCAAGGCCUCGUCGGCUUGCAUCCACAUGGCCAGCUGGCGAGGGCCGAAAAAACCCGGCAGCUCUGCCUCCAUGGGCGGCGCCCUUUAUCGCGCCGCCAGUUCCGCAGGGGCCGAACGUGGGCAUGUGCUAGAAUCGAGGCGUUGACCCAAGGAACCCUAAAUAAGGAACGAG